AUGCUGAGCCAGCGAUUGGUGCGAGCAGCCGGCGCGGCGACCCCGCGUUCCGCGCUGCGAGCAUUCAGCUCCACGAGCCAGCAGCUCAAGGUGCCCUCAAUGGCCGACGUCAGCGCCGCGCCCACGAGCGUCGCCUCCUUUAACGACAAAUCGAAGCAGUUCCGAGAGCAGUUGAUCGAUCAGCAGAGACAGCGGGAAGCACGUGCGUAUAAUCAAUCCUCCUCCUCCCCUGCCUCCUCCUCUGAGCCCGCCCAGGACUCAUCCGUGAGUGCUACUUCAGGACAGAAGGCCGAGGCCUCCCAAGAGCCUUCCCGCAAGGCCGGCCCCUUGACCAACCUCAUCUACGGCACCAAGGAGGGUCGCGAGCUCGAUGCUCAGCUCGAGGCAAGCUUCAGUCAGGUCCUCGCCCGAGGCAAGUACGUCCACUCGAUCGUCUUGCACGAGGUCAAGCCCGACAAGGUGGAAGAGUACACCGAGCUCGUCGGUAGCUGGUACCCACGCAUGGCUUCCAUGCCCGAGAAUAAGGUCCAUCUGGUAGGAAGCUGGAGGACCGAAGUCGGGGACUGUAACACGUUUGGUACGUUACCUCCGCAAAACCUCCCCCAUGCUGAAGCGAAACCAGAUGAUGCUAAUAUUAGGCUCGCAGUCCAUAUCUGGGAGUACCAGCGAUACCAGGGUUACCACGAGUCAAUCCACAACAUUGGCUCUCACCCCGAAUUUGCCGAGUUCGAUAAGAAGCUUAAGAGCCUCAUCACCUCGAAGAAGACGUCUCUCAUGCAGGAGUUCUCCUUCUGGCCCACCACGCCUCCCCGACAGCUUGGCGGCAUUUUCGAGCUGCGAUCAUACACUCUACACCCUGGCAACCUCCUCGAGUGGGAGACCCACUGGAGACGCGGCCUGAAGGCCAGACGCGAGGUCAUGGAGGGUGUCGGUGCUUGGUUCGUGCAGAUAGGAGACCUCAACACCGUUCACCACCUGUGGCAGUUCGCCAACCUCGAGGAGCGAAAGAUCCGCCGCGAGAAGAGCUGGAGCGUAGAGGGCUGGAGCGAGACUGUCCACAAGACUGUCCCUCUUAUUCAGAGCAUGAAGUCGAGAAUUUUGAUCCCGAUGCCCUGGUCUCCUGUGGCAUGA